CAAUUUCUCGAUUCAGCAUAGAAAAGAAUCGAUUUUCGAUUAAUCAGUUAUCCAAAGAAUUGCAGAAAUAAUCGAUGCAUCGUCAAAAAAGAAUUGAUUUUCGAUGCAUCGAAUCAGAAACCAGUAUCUCUAUGCAGAAUGGUGUUAGAGCACAUGCUCAUUAGCACCGUCGACCUAUGUACUGUCGACGUGAUAAAUUUCUUAACCGUAUAAUUGUUGUUAGCCUAUGACUUUUUGUAACAGUGAAUAUUUAAAUAUGCUUAUGGGUGAGGUCAAAAGGCUCACCAGUCACGUUCAAAUAAAAGAAGUUCGCAGUAAGAGCUUUUAUGUCUUUACUAAAGUAAUACUAAAAAUAAAACAUUUCACAUUAAACGUAACAAGAACGUCGCAUCUAUAAAAAUAGAUCGUGUUUCCAUCAUAUAUUUGUUUUGACGUAAUUGUGAAAUAAUACUGAUAUAUCUCCAUCAUGUCUCGUGUUGCGGAAGUUGUAAGGCUUUUCUUUGAGAAAGUUCUAACAACUAAGAACUUUGGUCAGUGUUUGAAAAAUGUGCAAAUACUCUCAGCUGCUGAUGGAAGAUGUAAAGCACAGUUUACAGUAGCUGAGGAGAAUAUAAAUGUUGUUGGCAGUUUACAUGGUGGUUUUACAAGUACAGUCAUAGACUGUGUGUCUUCGUAUGCAUUGCUGUCCAAGGAUAGCUCUGAUAUUCCAAAAGCUACAGUUUCAGUAGACUUGCAUGUGACGUUUUUGAAAGCUGCAUUUCCCGGUGAAACAGUGACUGUCGAUGCUAAGACUAUACAUGCUGGUAGAAGCUUAGCUUUCCUUGCGGUGGAACUCACGAAGAAUGACGGUAAGGACGUCAUUGCGCGUGGCCAACACACAAAGUAUUUUCUAAAAGCUUAAUUAAUAAGAGCCUUAAUUAAGCUCUUCCAUAGAUUGACAUAAAUCAAAUAUGUCAAUAUAUAUACAUAAUAAAGAAUAGCGUACAAAAUUUGUGUCUUAGUGCGUACCUUCUAUAGAGUCGCUGUAAAAGUUAAUAAUAAGUCACUCAAGCUACGCUACGGCA